AAGAUCUCCAGGGCGAGCUGCCAUGAGCACCUGAGAGAGUAUAAGGACUGAAGUCCCAGGGCAAAGGGACUUCUUGGACCUGUGGAGCUUCAAAAUAGGCCCCUUUUUCUUAUUCAAAAGUACAUAUAUAAAAGCGUGAAUACAAUGUGAGAGAGUGUUAUUUGCCUGUGGUCUUGGCAGGGGAGACCAAGCUGUAUGUCUCCCAAUCAGGGUACAGGUGGCCGGGUCCGAGACUUGAAGAUUGCUGGUGGGGCACAGGCCUGGUGAGUUGCCUUUUCUGCCACUCUGCACCUCUCCUUUCUCCUGGAUUGUAAACCCCAUGCACAAGAACUGUAGAGUGUACGAAGAAUGCAGCAGAGGAUGAAGAGGGAAAAUCCCAUGGAAUCUCUCCUUUUCACUUGUCAUAAGCAUUUCUCGUAUAGCUAAAGAUCCUUCCUAAAGAUUUCUUGUUUUGUUUUGUUUUUCCAUGUUGAUGAAGGUCACAUGGGAUCCUGACACCAUUUGGAGGAGAUUCAGAGAAGUAUGAAGAACACAAAGCACUUCGCUGGCCCGCUGUGGGCCUCUGCCCAGCACUCCUUUUCUGUGACACUCAUGCAUCAUCCUGCAUCCCGUGUUCUCUGUGCCUCAUGUCAUCUGUACAUCAUGCCCCUGAUUGCUGACUCCGCCCGCCUGCCACACCGGCUCUGUCUGGAGCCACUGAGACUCUUGGGAUCCAGUCCACACACACCCUUCAGAGGGCACUCUGGCCAGAGAAAUGCUUCCACGGCCCAAAGCCCCUGCCUCCCCUAGACGUCCCCAGACCCCAACCCCGAGUGAGCAGGACGGGGACCCUGGGCCAGCAAGCCCCAGGGACACCGAAGCCCAGCGUCUGCGGUUCCGACAGUUCCAGUACCAUGUGGCGGGCGGGCCGCACCUCGCGCUGGGCCAGCUCUGGUCGCUGUGCCGCCAGUGGCUGAGGCCCGAGGCGCGCUCGAAGGAGCAGAUGCUUGAGCUGCUGGUGCUGGAGCAGUUCCUGGGCGCGCUGCCCAGCAAGAUGCGGACCUGGGUGCAGUCACAGGGCCCCCGAAGCUGCAGGGAGGCCGCCAGCCUGGUGGAGGACCUCACACAGAUGUGCCAGCAGGAAGUUCUGGUAUCUCUGGACUCGGUCGAACACCAGGACUGGAGUUUCGGUGAGGAGGAAGACGGGAAGAGCCCAAGGUCCCAGAGAGAACCAUCCCAGGCGUCUGAGCUGAUCGUGGAUGCCGCAGUGGCAGCCCCGGCACCCCCAGAGGAAAGCGAGUGGCUGGAGCCCACCCAGCUCCCGCAGAGUCUGCACACCAGGGCGGAGGCCGAGCCACCCCGCGCCCCUGGCUCGAUGGGGUCCCGGGCCCGCCUGCCUCUGAAGCCGAGUAUCUGGGACGAGCCUGAGGAUCUUCUCCCAGGGCCCUCCUCAGACCUGCGGGCAGAAGGGGCUGUGACCUCGGGCCCCAAGGGUCUGAGUGCUCAGAGAAUCAGUCCCCGAAAGAAAAACAGGAACGCCAACCAGGGCGGCCGCCAGCAGCCAUCCCUCAAGCACACCAAAGGCGGCACCCAAGAGGCUGCUACAGGCGCCUCGGGAGCGCCGCGUGGGCCCCGAAGCGGGCGGCCCUUCCAGUGUGCCGACUGUGGGAUGGUCUUCACCUGGGUCACCCACUUUAUCGAGCAUCAGAAGACCCAUCGCGAGGAGGGGCCCUUUCCGUGCUCUGAGUGCGGCAAGGUCUUCCUGCACAGCUCUGUCCUCGCUGAGCACAGCAAGAUCCACCUGCUGGAGCCACCCAAGAAGAAAGGCCCCCGGAGCAAGGGCCCCCGGGAAUCCGCCCCACCCAGGGAUGGGGCCCAGGAUCCGGCGGCCCCUCACAGCCCCAAGAGGCCCUUCCAGUGCAGCGUCUGCGGGAAGUCCUUCCCCUGGAUGGUCCACCUCAUCGACCACCAGAAGCUCCACACGGUUCAUGGCCACAUGUGAAUGGCCAGCCUCGGGCCUCAGCCACCCAGCCUUGAAUCCCUGGGGGGCGCCGAUGGGCCCCAGAAGGUGGGGUCAUCCCCCAGCCCCACCAAUCCCUGGCCACCGCUGUUUCACAGAAGAUCCUGGACACCUGCUCUGCGGUCUCCACCCGGCAUGGGAGGGGGCAUCCUAGGGUCUCAGCUGAGAGGCAGCAGUUCCACAGCACAGCGUGGUCAAUCCUGCACACUGUGUUUUGCAAGUGGAUUGAAGAUGAGUUUCAAUAGCAUCUCAUCUUUCAGAAGCCUUGUGAGGGUCUACUUGUGAGUAUCUGAACCUGCCGCUGGGUUUU